AUGACUCGUGCCAUAGAGGAGAAAACCACGUUUAUUGACAAACCGAGUAGUAAUGAAGGCAACGAGACAAAGUGCGAUAGAGAUGCUGCCGAGCCAUUGUACGAUGCAAGUAUCGAAAAUCAUCGUAACAGUUUGCAAAUUCUCUCAACCAAAUCCCCAUUAGAGUCCAUGUUGACAAGCAAAUAUGACAAAUACGCCAAUUUUGUGGCAGAGAAAAUUACAAACCAAAAGAUUUGCUUUGUGGAUAAUUACAUGGAGCUGGAGACAAUUAGAAACGCGCUCCGCAAACGGGGAUUUAUCGAGGCAUGUAAUCAUCCGUGGCACUCAAUUGUCCCGUUUCGUACGUUACUCGAAAAAUCCGACACAAAUAACGAGUACGAAAAGGCACUUUUGUCAUUUUUGGUUGGCAAAUAUCCGCCGGAUUACAUGUUCAUCACCCCCUCGUAUGCCUACGACAAGUACGACCAGGUGCGCGUUUUGAGCAUGUUAAAGUUCAAAAAAGUUGACGGCUUCAAUUUUGGAUUGAAAGACGGAUUAUGUCACAUUGUUGAUCGGAUCAACUGGAAUCUCGAUAGGAAUGCGCCGCGAAUUAAUUAUCCACGCAGCUACGAUUUGAUCGAUGGCAAGGAAUUAUUUGAAUUUCACAAAGAUUAUCGUUUGACAAUUGCGACGAGUAUUGUGCUUUACAUGAACGACCAAAAGGACAUUCGGAAGUGUUUUUCGUCGAAACAUGGUACCAUCAAGUCGCGCGUGAUUGAUUUCGCCAUGCAUGGGGUUGAUACGCGAAUUAAGCAGGAAGAGGGUAUCAUUAGUCCGCGCACCGGAUUGGAUAUUUUGGAAAUUGUCUGGGGACAGAUUUAUCAGGCGUACGUUGAUUUAAUCAAGAACGGGAAAAAAAUUAAAGUGGCGAAGGAGGACAUUCCCGAAUAUGUGCACCGUAUAAAAUGUUUAGCGUACGAAAUUUAUCACUACUGGCCUUCGAGGAAAUAUGAUGGUUAUUUUAAUGUUUGGCUGUUGAAACCCGCAUGGACAGGUCAAGGGCACGGUAUCAUUUUGUCGGACAAUGAGGAGGACAUUUUGGAAAAAGUGAAGCGCCAAAAGACAAAGUACGUCGUUCAGAAGUAUGUCGAGUGCCCGAUGCUCGUGCACGACACAAAAUUUGAUUUGCGUCAGUAUUUCCUCAUCAUGAUUGAUGACACACAUUUGAGAUGUUUCAGUCACUGGAUCUGCAGCGUAAAAUUCGCAAGCGAAAAAUACAAUUUGACGGACUUUUCCGAACGGAUCCACAUUACAAACUCGUGCGUGCAGCAGAAACUCCGGAAUAAGGGAACAGUCGACGUGGAUUUGCCAAUUUUGUGGUCCAUCGAUCAAUUGGUAGAGUAUUGGGGCACGAUAGGGCAUCCGAAUGUGUGGCAAAACCAAAUUUAUCCCGUCAUUAAGAACGUUAUUGUGUCAAUUGUGGAAGCGAGUAUCGAUAGUAUUGACUUGAAACCGGGUCGUUUUGAGCUUUUUGGCAACGAUUGGAUCAUUACGAACGAUUUUAAGCCGUAUUUGUUGGAAGUGAAUCGAUGCCCGGGACUCGGUUACUACAAUCCCGUGUCGAAAAUCGUUUGCGGUACCGUUAUGGAGGACCUUAUUAAAGUUACCGUUGACUAUUAUCAGGACAAAAAGGCAGACACGGGCGGCUUUGAGCUCGUAUACGAAAUUCCAAUUGCCGAUCGACUCGCAUCUCAAUCUGGAAGCUAAAAUAAAGUUGUGAUUAUUAGAAUUAAGUCAAAAAAAAAUAUUUUUAUAAGCAAAUAAAUUUAG